GCUUCGACAAGAAGCGCUAGGGCCGAACACACCGGAGGCCUUGAAUCGAAUUCUCAGCGGAUCAGAUGCAUUUGACCAGUAUGCUCUCGCAAUGAGUGAUGCCGUGCAACAACAGGCUUAUCAGCAAGAGCCCACUUUGCUGGGAGCCAAAAUGCGCUUGGCUGCCGAGAACCUGGCUGUGCUGCAGAACAUCCAGCGGAAUCUGGUGCUGAUCUAUGUGGGUGGCUUUGAUUCUCUCCGCGUUGGUUUGAUCACCAGCAUGGGCACCUUCGAGCGGAACCAGGUCCUGCUUCGUGAUGGAAACUUGAACCGAAGACUCGCCAUGUCCGACGUACCACAGACUGACAGUUUCGAAGGUUUGCAGCUCUUGGAUGCGGCCGAUGCUGCGUGGUCUGCCUUGAAGCCCACGAUCCAGUCCGUCUCCCAGGGUGCGGCAGUGGACUCAUCAGAUUUGAAAGGUGUUGUUGAACUUGCAGAUACUACAAUUGAAGCAGCAAAAUCUUUGGAUUCCUUCUUCUCCACCACAACCCGCACCACGACCAUGCUGGCACUCGAAGUGCUGGCACCAUUGCCGAUGACUGGAAGUUGGGCCGCUGGCACCACUUUCCGCCUUGCGGCACGGCUGGCCGAGGGACUCAUCAACCAGGACCAGCUGCUCCUCCCAGGAUAUCGACUGCAGCAUGUGAUCUUUGACGACAAGUGCGACGAGAGUGUUGGCUCAGAUAUCGUCGUGUCUGCCAUGGCUGCAAAGGACACCUAUGUGGCCAUCGGUGGCAUGGGCUGUGAUCGGGUUUGUCGGCCAAUUUCAUCUUUGGCCACAUCUUUGCGAUUGCCCUUCUUGAGCUAUGAAUGUGCAUCGCCAGACUUCAGUGAUACCUUGGCCUAUCCGGCUUUGGCACGCAUGGGCACUGUGACGACACCAGGCAUCCUGAACACCAUCAAAGAGUUGAAAGCGAAGAACGACUGGAAGAAUUUGUUCGUGAUUUCUGGCGAUCCUGCCUUUUACCAGGUGCAAAUGGAGACCUACACCCAGGAGUUCACAAACAUGGGAUUUGCGGUGCAAACUCUGAGUGCUUAUGAAAGCCGUUGGACAGAAAUCGAGAACCAGAUGGCCAUGGUCAAAGGCAGCACCACGGGACUGGAACGUGUGAUUUUUGUGCUGGGCUCCGAGACCUUCUUCCGCAAGUUGGUUUGUGCCUCGAUCACCCAAGGCCUUCGUCUUGGCGUUGUUUGGCUUUCAACCGGGACCUGGAGAGGUGAUUGGUGGAAAAAGACGGACUUGCUCACAUCGGCCCACAGGCAGUGGCUUCGAGAAGACGUGGGAGGCUUGGAACUGAAGCAAGCAUUCGCAGCCUUCAAGAACGCUUGGGACAGCUACUCUCCCAACGUGGAGACAACUCGGCAGGCAUUGUUUGACCUCUACGUCACUGAUCAGAAAGAUGAGCUUCUGUAUGCUGAUGGGACAGAGAGGUAUCAUGGAAUCCACGGCCAAUAUCAUCCAACCUACCGGAAGAAACUCUACGAUCGUGGAUAUUACGACAUCUUCUUCUUCGAUCUCAACGGUGAUUUGAUUUACUCGGUCUUCAAGGAGACCGACUACGCGACAAAUUUCAAGGCAGUUGGGUCAGGACCUUGGGCAGAUUCAGGCUUGGGCCAAGCCUUCCGUGGAGGCUUACAGAAUCCGGACAAUCUCACUUAUAUUGACUGGCAACCAUAUGGCCCCAGUGCUUAUGCUCCUGCAGCCUUCUUCUCAACUGGCUUGAGAGAUGAGGAUGGAGUGCUCAUCGGCGUUUACUCAAUCCAGCUUCCGCCGGAGUACGAGCGCUCGAUCGAGGACAUUCAACCACAGUGCAGCUUCGAAGCCCUCACCCAAGCCUAUAACGGCGCAGUGAAUGUGGCCGGUAUUGGGCGUCCCAUUGAGGA